AUGUCUCUCAACGUUUACAACCCCAGUGGUUAUAUCUUUAACCGGAAUCUCCAAGGGAGCAUUCGUCUUAACUAUCAGCACUUUUUGAUGACCCAACUUACGGGGAAUGAGCUUCUUCACAAGUCAACCAAGGAGCUCGUUGAUGUCUCAACUCCACUGCGGGUCGCAGAUAUCGCAACUGGCACAGCAAUCUGGCCAUUGAGCUUGGCUCGUGCCUAUCCCCAUUGGCAGAUCGAUGGAUUCGACAUCUCGAACGCUCAGUAUCCAUUUGCUGCAUCAAUCCCAGCCAAUGUCAGCCUUUACGAGCAUAACACCUUCCAGCCGUUCCCAGUGGAAUACCACGGAAAAUAUGAAUGA